UCUUCUGUUCUUCUGGAGGUGACUGUCCACCAAAUAGUGCUCUCCUUCGUGUACUGUUAGCUAUCAUUGAUGCUUUCACUGAGAUUGGUUCCAUGGCCGACGGUACACGUUUUCAUCACCUGGACGACUCCGUUAAGCACUUUAGCUAAACGACAGGGGCUCACAGUGAGCGGUUAUAUCUGAUUCAAGCCACCAUCGCCGACCAACAGCAGGCCUUCGCAGAUCUAGCUCUGCGUUUGGCGGCCAUGGAUGGACGCCUCGAGCAGGCCCUGCUCCGAAACCAAGCUCCUCCGAAUGUUAAGUUUGUCCACACCUGUCUCCUCUGGGUCGUCUCUCCCAGCUCCGACCAACUUAAUCCAGGCGCGAACCGUUCGACUUGACUUUCCACGCUUCGACGGAGUUGAUCGAAGCGGAUGGAUCUUCAAAGGUUAAAGGUUCAACUUCCGAUGACCAAAGCCUAUUGGUGGCGUCCUUCCACAUGGACGGUCCCGCGCUCCAAUGGUUCCAGUGGAUGUAUCAGUCAGCCCAGUUGUCCACAUGGGGGGUCUUCACUAGAGCUCUAGAACUACGCUUCGGGCCCUCGGAGUUCGAUGAUCCACAAGCAACACUCGUGAAGCUCAUGCAGACCACCACUGUAGCUGAAUACUAGUCACGCUUUGAGAUGUUCGCAAAUCGGAUCGACUGGAUUCCUCUCUCCUUCCUUGUUAGUUGCUUCGUCUCAGGGUUGAGGGGUGAUUUACGAAACGAGGUGAUGGCAUUUCGGCCUACCACCAUGGCACAUGCGGCUGGACUAGCUCGCUUACAGGAACCAAAGUUCCUCGAAGCUCGACGUUCCUUGCCUCGGCCAUAGGUUUCUCGCCCGGCGCUGCUUCCCGCGCCUCAGUCUUCUUCGGCUGUGCAAGCACUGGCACCACCUCCUGGUCGUAUUCCCAUUAAACGUCUCACGCCAAUUGAAAUGCAACAAAGGCGAGAGAAAGGGCUCUAUUAUAAUUGCGACGACAUGUACGCUCCAGUGCAAACAGAACCGCCUGACGGUUCGAUCGCCGACGACGCAGAACAGAACCCCUCCCCAGAGAUGAUGGCUACGUGUGAAAUAUCAUACCACUCCUUAGUGGGAACUCAAUCGCCGACCACCUUGCGCUUCACAGGUUACGUUGAUGGCAAGGCAAUUCAGAUUCUGGUUGACGGUGGAAGAGCACACAACUUCGUUCAAAGCCGUGUUGCGCAGCACUUAGGCUUGGCAGUCGAAACCUCACCUAACGUUAUUGUCAUGGUGGGCAGCGGCAAUCGAUUGACCUGCGAAGGAUUGGUGCCACAGUUGCAGCUUGGACCGGUAUUGUUCGAUUACAGUAAAUUGACGUUGGAGUUUGAGGAGAAAGGACAGCGUAUCACGUUGGUGGGCAACUCUUCUCAGGUUCUGACUGAGUUACAAUACCAUAAUGUCCGACGAGUUCUCGAGACAGGGGUCGUUGCCGCUCUGUUUCAGCUAGAGUUGCAGUCAGUAGAACAGGAUCAGAUGGGUGGCGAUAAUACGGAGAUCCAAUCACUACUGCAGACAUAUGAGCCGGUAUUCGAGGGAAAAUAAUCCUUUGUUUUUCUCAUCCCUGUUUUUCCUUGUUUUGCUACAUCUAGAACGCGACACACGAUACUUGGACAACUUUAAAACCAACGCACCAGAUGUAAUAAUCCUCACCCAAUCUUAACCGUUGGUCUCCUUGUUGUCCACGUGUCGCGUUAUGAAGAUAGCAAAAUAAGGAAAAACAGAGGAUGAGAAAAAACAGAGGAUUUUGAUCCUUAUUCGAGACAAAUCCAGGGCGGAAAAUAAUCCUCAACAGAGGAUUUUGAUCCCAUCCGGGGCUGCCAGUUAAUGUGCGACCUUACCGUUAUCCUCAUUUCCAGGAAAAAAGAAAUAGAGUGUUUGGUUGCAGAGAUGUUGGCGGCAGAAAUCAUCUGGCCAAGCACCAGUUCCUUCUCAUCACCCGUCCUCCUCGUAAAAAAAAACAGAAGACACAUGGUGUUUCUGUGUCACUACCGAUCUCUUAAUGCCGUCACCAUAAGAGACCGCUUCCCCAUUCCUACGGUGGAUGAGCUGCUCGACGAGCUGCACGGGUCCAAUUACUUCUCUAAAUUGGACCUUCGUUCGGGGUACCAUCAGAUACGGGUGCGAGCCAAGGAUGUUCAUAAAACAGCAUUCCACACCCAUGACAGUCAUUACGAGUUUCUUGUGAUGCCCUUCCGCCUCACUAAUGCUCCUUUCACGUUUUAGGCCACGAUGAACUCGAUUUUCCGUCUAUACCUCUGACAAUUUGUGCUCUUGUUUUUCGAUGACUUAUUAG